CGGCCAUUUCUCUUGACGCUCCGCGGCUGGGCCCCUGCUGUGGCUACUCCAGUCACGAGGGUCGAACGACAGCCGGGUCGGCGGCGAGUAGCCCGCGGCAUUUGCCCACUCCUGCAGCAGUAGUCGCGAUGAGUUUGCCCCUCAAUCCCAAACCUUUCCUCAAUGGAUUAACAGGAAAGCCUGUAAUGGUGAAGCUUAAGUGGGGAAUGGAGUACAAAGGCUACCUGGUGUCUGUAGAUGGCUAUAUGAACAUGCAGCUUGCAAACACAGAAGAAUACAUAGAUGGAGCAUUGUCUGGACAUCUGGGUGAAGUUUUAAUAAGGUAACAAAACAGUAGUAGUGUGUAUAAGGAGUUACUGGUAAACAUUAGAAAUACCUGUUUAAAUAAACUAUUAGUACCCAAUCUCAGAAUAACCUUUUUUUAAUCACUAUUAGUUUAACAUAAUAUUCUACAACUAGACUUCAGGAGGCUUGAAGUUGUUAAACUUGUUAAAGCAGAUUUAAAUAUUAUGGAGCUGUUCAUUCUUAAGGUUUCUCUAAUAUUGAUAUUGAACUUUCUAGCUCUUAACUGUACCUUUUUCAGUGGUUUUAGUUGCAAGAGCUUGGUUUUGAAUUUUAGGUGGGUCUGGCUGCUGUUAGGGAUUUGUUUUAUACUUAUUUUCUAGAACUAGUUUCACACCUCCAAAUUCUAGUCAUUAUUCCCUUUGAAAGAUCAUAAAGAUACCAUUUUAUAACAACCACAUGGUAUAAAAAUGAGGCCAUGUGCUCUUU